UGCAGGAGGAAGAUCCGAUGUACCGGCACCAAGCCAUGCCCGCACUGCAUCCGAGACCACACGAGCUGCAUCUUUGCUGCUCCGCACAAACGGGGACGGAAACCCCGAGCGGAGAUGGCGACGACACCCAUCUCCUUGAGCAAUGACCAGCAUACAAUCGAUGAAGCAGUCGAGACCCACCCCGGCUCGGAAGUCAGAGAUCGCCAGACUGACCUACCGUCGUCGCCAGGCCUCUUCGACCUGGCCGGGGCGAACGCUCGGGUAAACGCAGCGAGGGAGCCCGCAUCCCACGCAUCACUGGAAGGUAUCAAUGAUCUCGAGGGCCACUAUGUUGGUCCGGCCUCGGGGGUCUCCUUCCUGGCCUGUGUCCGGGAGCGCCUCCGGUCCAGCGAGGGCUCGCAAUCCGCCUUCACCUUUGGCGAUGCGCCGCUGCCGGAGUACGACGACGCCACGCCCUCCGUCAUGCUCUCUGUCAAGGAGAGCACCAUCCUGUUCCGGCGGUUCUUCGACUUCACCGUGCCGAUCGAUCGGAUGGUGCACCAGCCGAUGGUCGAGGAGUGGCUCUGCGAGUUCCACGAGACGAUGGGCUCCAUGCGACAUGCCGUGGAUGCCCCCGCCCGGCGCGCCGUCCUCUGGAUGAUCUUUGCGAUGGCGCAGGAGCAUCUCAACCAAGAUCCGCUCCCGAACGGUGAGGACAGAAGUAUUCGGUACUUCCUCGCCGCCGACUAUCAGCUCGCCAGGGAACGGGCGACCGUCUGCCUGGCCAGCGUGCAGGCGCGUCUCUACCAAUGCUUCUGGCUGCUGGCCCGGUCCCGAGUCAACCAUUGCUGGAGUCUAUUCGGCACGACUGCCCGCCUGGCGCUGGCGUUAGGGCUGCACCGGAAGCGCAUCAUCAACCCCCCCGCGGAUAGUCCGGCAAGUCGCAUCACUCUUGACUGCCGCCGCCGCACCUUCUGGACUGCUUACUGCCUGGACAUCCACCUCUGCCUGACGCUGGGCCGACCGCGCAUCUUCCACGACGAAGACAUCGAUCAGGAGCUGCCCGCGGACCACAGUCUCGUUGACGAGCCCGUCGACCUCCAAUUCACGGUGCCCACGGGCUACUCGGUGAUGAUGGCGCCAGUCCUAUACUACCGACUUCAUCGGGUCCUCGGACUAAUCCUGCGCCACCUCUAUGCAAUCCGCCCCAUCGCCUUGGCUGACCAAUGCCGCCUGGCCAAAGAGUUUUCGGAUCGGCUGUCGCAGUGGCGCCACAGCUUGCCGGGCUUUUUGCAGUUGCACAGCGGGAGCACGGCGCCGCAGCUGCCCAUCCUGCAACGACAGCGAGACGUCCUGAACCUGACCUACUGGCACGCCGUCAUCCUCACCAACCGACCGCUGCUGCUGACGAAUUUCGUGACCGGGCGGGACGGCGGUGGUGGUGGCGUGGUGGUGAACGAUGGCAUCAGCAAGUGCUUGCAGGCGGCGCUGUGCAUCGCCGACCGUAUCUAUCACAUGUUUCAGACCAGUUCAAUGUAUCGAUCGUUCUGGGCAACCUGCUACUAUGCCUUCACGGCCGCGACGGUGCUAUUCGUCCACACGAUCCAGCAGGCGGCUGCCCCGGUCGAGAUCUACUAUCAGCACCUUAACGCGGCGACACGAUGCUGCGAACAGCUGACGCGGUUUGUGCACGACAGCCCCUUGGUGGCCCAGUACGUGGCGGUGCUGGAGGAGCUCCGUCAGGAAGGGUUGCGC